GUGCUCUGGUCGGGCAUGGCCUGCUCCAGGCCUGGCAGGCCUCGGACAUUCCUGUUUGCUCUUACAGCUGCCACGGAUGAGCCAGAGCUCAAUGGCCCCAGCCUGACCGGACAGUCAGGACUGGAAUCUUCUCAGGGCCUCUCAGAAUCUGAGGCCAUCAGCCCCACCAGCAGCCCGGUGUCAUCGGCUCUGGCUCCCCGUUCUCCAUCUCCAGAGGCCAGCAGCCACAGCAGCCCCCAGCGUGCAGCCUCAUCCUUGGCAGACAGCAGCAGCCCAAGCACAUCAAGGCCAAGACACAGCAGCUCCAUGGGCCCUGAGGACAGGGUCCAUUCCAGGCGUGCUGGGCCUGACCGCAGGCGAAGCCGCUCUCGCCAGCAGAGUCGGGCCCCAGAUAGACCCGUCCGGUCACGGAGUCGCCGUGACAGGAGCAGCGAGACAAGACCAAGGGCUGAGAGGCCCAGGCCCAGGGACACACCAUCGCAGGCUUCCCCCAGAUGCAGCUGCCCCUGCUGUCAAGCUCGGGCCUUAAGUCCACCUGUCUGGUCAAGGAGUCACUGUGACCAGAGCAGCAGGAGAACAUCAAGGACAGAGAGGCCCAGGCAAAGGCAGACACCAUCGCGGGCAGCCCCCAGACUCAGCCGAUCCCGCCAGGAAGCUCAGGCCCAGAGUCCACCUGCCCGGUCGAGGAGUCGCCGAGACAGGAGCAGCAGCACAACAUCGAGGGCAGAGAGGCCCAGGCAAAGGGAGGCACCAUCGCAGGCAGCCCCCAGACGCAGCCGCUCCCGACUGCCACGUCAAGUCUCGAAUCGACCUGUCCAGCCCAGCGGUCUCCAGGACAGGAACAGGAGGACAGCAGCAAAUGCUGAGAGGCGCAGGCAAAGGGAGACAUCCUCGGGGACGUCCCCCAGACGCAGCCGCUCCCGCCUGCAACGUCGGGCCUCAAACCGACCUGUCCGGUCCAGGAGUCGGCAGGACGGGAGCAGGAGGACAGCAGCCAGUGCUGAGAGGCCCAGGCGCAGGGGGACACCGUCGGGGACGUCGCGCUGGAGCAACCGCUCCCGCCAGCCACGUCGGGCCUCAACUCGGACCUCUAACAGCAGCACGUAGUGUCAUCUUCUCUUUCUAGUCCCUCUGUUUGUGGCUGUAAGUGAAGUAAAACCUUUCUUCAGUAAAGCAGAGGGAGAAGGAAGAGAGUGAGACACUGCCUCAAGUGUCUGGAGAAA